CUUCAAUUUGCCAUCGCAACACUAAUUCUACCACGUAUCGCAAACACAACACCCGAACACAUAACAACGACAUCACAAGAACAACAAAAUGCCUCGCCAACGCUCCGGAGCCGCUCCUCCUCGCCGCCCUCAAGUCCCAGCAGCCAGGCAAGCUACCACUGCGCCUGCGCCUGCGUCCUCGCGCCCUCACUCGACUGCUGCGGCUCCCGCCCAGCAUGCUCCCACUCAUGCGCCCGUUCAGCAGGCGCAGGCUCCUACGCCUCAAGGACCUGGUCUGUUUGGACAGAUGGCUAGCACUGCUGCUGGUGUCGCAGUAGGAUCUUCAAUCGGCCACGCAAUUGGCGGUCUCUUCAGCGGUGGUUCUUCCGCCCCUAUCGACGCCGCGCCCCAAAAUACCGAGUUCGCCGCACAGCACCAGGGAUCCGCUCAAAUGGUACAGUCGGGUCCCUGCGCAAACGACGUCCAGAGCUUCCGCAAGUGUAUGGACGAGAACCAGGGUAGCUUGACUAUCUGUGGAUGGUAUCUUGACCAACUCAAGGCGUGCCAAGCGGCGGCUAGUCAGUACUAGAGAGUAGUUUUCUCGUAGGAAGAGGAUGAAUUAAAAAGGAUAGCAGCCAAUAUGGAGGGGAAGUGUAUGAAUAUAGUGACACAUUGAAUUGCAUCUUUAAGCGCACAUAGUGAAUAUGGCAUUUGAAGAUUGCGGUUUCACACUGCAUCAUCUGGCCAAUGAAUCAAUCACCACUUCAACAUAUGCUUUGAUUGUCCUUGCAUUUCCACAAGACGAUUGAAUCUCCUAAACAUAUUAGCAAAUAGCAUCCUGUACGUAUGCCUUUUCAAUCAAUUUGGUUAUCGUCUCGCUCCC